CCCAGCGUUGCCCUAGCGCCGCGACCCUUCAAGUCAACAUUGAGACCUUGAGCACUAGCCGAACGUUCGUUUUGAGUUAGGCGACACCGGGCUCUGCUACCUUAGACAAUUGAGCAAGAUGUGGGAGGACCUCGAACUCGACCCCGAGCGCAUCCCGACUUUCAAGUUGGUCUUUCACUCCCUCCAGAUACUCUUCGGCUUCGUGUCAUGGGCGCUCGAGAUCGCCGUUUUCCGAGCAGACAAGUCGAAGAUCGUGGGAAACAAUGGCUGGACCUUCGCAGUGUUCCUUCUCUCGGUACCGGCUUGGAUCUACCUGAUGAUGGCCCCGCGCUUCCCGCGAACUCGAAAGAUUGCCCAGCCGCACGCGAUGCUCACCGUUGACGCUGUUUUCGCCGUCAUCUGGCUCUCGGCCUUCGCUACCCAGGCCGCCUAUAACACCGCCAAUCAGUGCGGUACAGCUUGCAACAUCAGCAAGGCCGUUGUGGGGAUGGCCUUCUUCGUCUUUCUAUUUUUCGGCGUGACGACAUUCCUUAGUGUCUGGACUCUCAAAUACUAUCAAUGGAAUCACCGCUUGCCGGGUUACGACCGCGGUCAGCUCAACAGCCAGAACAUCGAUCCGGACAAGGCCGCCUUCUCGCUGGCCCCACAUGACGAGGAAGCCUACGCGCCCGUCAACAUGAACGACCAUGACCACGACCAUGACCACGACGACCAUGACCAUGACCAGGACGGAUCCCACUACGGCGGCCCAGGUCCCCGCUCCGACUACUCUGACCCCUACACUGGGGCAGCUAGUCAGGUUGGAGGCGGCAGCACGGUCAGCGGGUACCAGGACAACCCGUUCCGCCAAAACGAGGGGAACAUGUUUGAUAACGACACCGAAUACCACUCCGGGAGAAUCUCUGCUGCGGGGAGCCGUUACACGACGACGCCUGCGCCGACGGACCUAUAUGGGGAUGAUGCGAGGCCGGCGAGGUUUCCUGCGGCGGCCUAUGACCGAAUCUCAUGAGUGAUGGCGACUAUGAGCCUGCAAGGUUUCAAGGUUGAAGACUUCGAGGGGAAAUAUAGUGUUGGAGGAUUUCUUGUACCUUGUGGACGAGGUAUAUGGACGGGCUGGUGUACUAUCCGAGCCUUUUAUUCCUCGCUUGGUAGGGUCAUCUACGGACAAUAUUGGAUUUGCGUAGCUUUCUCUGGUGUUAGCGGCGUUAUAGAGGGUAGAUCACAAGGAGAUACCAUGAACAUCUGGAUUUUGUUCGGUGUCUUCUAGCCUUUGAUACCUAUUCUUGAAUU